ACAGUGUCACUCGAUCGGGGACACAAAUCAGUUUCCCGGGGCAGGAAAUUCAAAGCAGAUGUACUUAAUUCACAUGUUUUAAACUCGUAAAUUUUUCAAUUAACGUUUCAUUUAAAAAUUCAAAACUUUUAUUUGGGUAAUUAAUAUGCAUGAUGUUGGUAUGCUGGCCGUCAAUUUGACAGAAAUGUCAUCGGUGUCAAAAGUUUAUUUUGGAUCUUCGUUUUAUUUUAUUGAGUAAUAAAGUUCGAACGUAAUUGUUUAAUAAAAUGCCGGCUUUACCCCAAAUACGAAAUCUCAAUUUAAAAGUGAUAUUUUUAUCACACUUUGUUUUUAUCGCCCUCAGUUCGAUGGGUUUUUGGAGCACUUCGGCUUACUUAUUUUACAAUUUCUUUUUUAUUAUUUUCCUGGUCUGGAGUCUGAUUCAGCCACAAAACGAGGAACCUUUGCAAUUGGCCAUUGUUGUAAACGGAGUUUCAAUAUUUUUAGACAUUUUAUUGCUAGUAAUGUCUUACCCGAGCGAUGCACAUUCGGCACGAGAAAAGUUUUCAGCUGCAAUGUGCAUCCUACACUUAAUUGUGCGACCUUUUAGUACCAUUGUCUUGAUUAAAAACCUUGAAGAAAGAACGGGAUCCAACGGGGCGUUAUCAGGUUUAUUCGGGGAAGCUCCGCAACAAUCAAGUUACGAAGACAUCGAUCGAAAUGCCCCGCACACAUCACAAGCAGCAAGUUACGACUUUUCAACUGCUCAACAAAUCUAACGGCUAGUUUCCCCAAACCUAAUAAUAUGAGUCACCAAUAUUUACUUAUCGUUUCGUUUAAUGUGUGUAUCAUAUCGUAAAUAAUUCGUAAUUUGUACAAUAAUAAACUUGUUAUUUCAAAA